AUGUACGGCGCGUUGGCUCUGCUUUAUAUCAUGGCAAUUUAUGGAGGUAUGGGCCGGCAUAGAGCAGAUAUCGACCCGGCAGCACUCGUUAUUACCCUCAAGUCCCUUCUCUCGGUAGAGAUCAUCUACGGCACUUCUCUAGGCCUAGUAAAGACCUCAAUCGCUCUCUUCUUUGUUCGCAUCUUCGGAGCCAAACGCAGCUUCAAUGUCGCAGUGAUGAUCUCUCUAUUUAUUGUCUGGGCCUGGGUUACCAGUAUCAUUCUCGAAGCCUUCCUGCUCUGUCGGCCGUUCACCCACAAUUGGGACGUCACCGUCAAGGGGACCUGCGGUAAUCGCCCGGCUGCUUUCAUGGUCGCUGGUGUGAUGAACGUGGUCACUGAUUUGAUGGUUAUCGCUUUACCUCUGCCUCAUGUGUGGAAAUUGAAGCUCAAUGUUCAUAAGAAGAUCGGCCUAACCUCCGUGUUUGGUGUUGGUGUUGUCAUCUCCGUCAUCAGUGUCCUUCGUCUCAUCUCAAUCACGAAACUGGACUUCAACGAUCCAACAUAUACCCUCCUUGAUCCUAUCCUCUGGACCGUGCUAGAACCGCAACUAGCAAUUAUCUGUGCCAACAUGCCAUUCUUUAAAACCAUCAUCGCAGCCUUCGCACCUGCGAUGGGAUCAUCCGCUGAUCGCAAGUAUGGCAAUUCAUCCGAAAGAACCUUUAACCGUCUUGGGCCGAAGUCAGGGAACAAUGGGACUUACAGCAUGGACGCACUUGACAGAAAGACACAUACCGUUCAAGUUGGUAACGACUCCGAGUCCAAAUUGGUCAAUGCAGAUGUUGAGUCUGUUAGUUCGGAGGAGCAGCGUUUGGCUUCUAAUGUCGGACCUUAUGGUAUUAGUGUUACUCAGAAGUUUGAUGUGCACUAUGAGAACUCCAGUUUGCGAAAGCAAUGA